UCCAAUGAUAUUCCGGCCGCUUCGGCUGACAUCUUCCGGGUCGCCUCAAAUUCGGCCGUGCACACUAAAAAAGACACCGACGAGACCCCUGCAAAGGAGGAAGUGCUCUCUGCGCGGCUGAGCUCCUACUGCUGUGUGUGUGCGAGCACCAUGGCCAGCCUCCUACGCGUGCUUGCGGCUGGCUGCUCGGCCCCUGUCCUCAGCGGGGUGUCUUGUUUAAAACUGCAACAUGCCCCAACUAUCAAAACAACAUGCGUACGAUUUUUCAGGAUCAAUCACGCCCUCGGAAGAUGUGCCAGUCCAGGAAUUCCAUACAAACAACUCACAGUUGGCGUCCCAAAAGAAAUUUUUCAAAAUGAACGGCGUGUGGCGCUCUCUCCCGCUGGUGUCCAGGCGCUUGUCAAACAGGGCUUCAAUGUUGUCGUGGAGACCGGCGCGGGAGAGUCUUCAAAGUUCCAAGAUGAGCAGUAUGCCCAGGCUGGAGCUACAAUGAAAGACCUUAAAGAUGUAUUUGCAGCCGAUGUGUUGGUCAAGGUCCGUGCUCCUGUUUUCAACCCGGACUUGGGCAUCCAUGAGGUCGAGCUGAUGAAGGAUGCGGCCACUUUAGUCAGCUUCAUCUACCCGGCUCAGAACCCCGAGCUGAUGGACAUGCUUUCUCAGAAGAAAGCCACCGUCCUGGCGAUGGACCAGGUGCCCCGAGUCACCAUCGCCCAGGGUUACGAUGCCCUCAGCUCCAUGGCGAACAUUGCAGGGUACAAGGCUGUCGUGCUAGCUGCGAACAACUUUGGGCGCUUUUUCACAGGACAAAUCACUGCAGCCGGGAAGGUGCCACCCGCUAAGGUGCUAAUCAUCGGUGGCGGAGUGGCUGGAUUAGCAGCGGCCGGCAGCGCCAGAGCCAUGGGAGCCAUAGUUCGAGGCUUUGACACAAGGGCUGAUGCUUUGGACCAGUUCAAGUCUUUGGGCGCCGAACCGCUCGAGGUGGACUUCAAGGAGUCUGGAGAGGGCCAAGGAGGCUACGCCAAAGUGAUGUCAAAAGAGUUCAUUGAGGCCGAGAUGAAGCUGUUUGCCAAACAGUGUCAGGAGGUGGACAUUGUCAUCAGCACCGCGCUCAUUCCCGGUAAGCGGGCCCCCAUCCUUAUCACCAAGCCAAUGAUAGAGAGCAUGAAGGAUGGAUCGGUGGUGGUGGACCUGGCCGCUGAGGCCGGUGGAAACAUCGAGACCACAGUCCCGGGGGAGCUGUCUGUACACAAUGGUGUAACCCAUAUUGGGUACACAGACCUGCCCAGCCGCUUGCCCACGCAGUCCAGCACGCUCUACUCCAACAAUAUCACAAAACUGUUGCGCGCCAUCAGUCCAGACAAGGACAACUUUUACCUUGAUGUGAAGGACGCGUUUGACUUUGGGACCAUGGAUCACGUUGUCAGAGGCUCUGUUGUCAUGCAGAAUGGAAAGAUCCUCUUCCCGGCACCUCAGCCCAACAACAUGCCCACCGCCGCUCCGCCCAAACCCAAGUCCGUCAAAGAGCUGGAGGCCGAGAAGACUUCCCAAAUCUCUCCCUUCAGGGCGACGCUCACUUCCGCCGGCGCGUACACCGGAGGCUUCACCACGCUGUUAGGUUUGGGUUUGGCGGCUCCCAACGCCGCCUUCACCCAGAUGGUCACCACCUUCGGCUUGGCGGGCAUCGUGGGAUACCACACCGUGUGGGGUGUCACCCCGGCGCUCCACUCGCCGCUCAUGUCCGUGACCAACGCCAUCUCAGGUCUCACGGCCGUGGGUGGUCUGGCCCUGAUGGGAGGUGGCUACACCCCAACAAGCACGGCGGAGACACUGGCUGUGCUCGCCGCCUUCAUCUCCUCAGUCAACAUAGCUGGUGGUUUCCUGGUGACUCAGAAGAUGUUGGACAUGUUCAAGCGUCCCAGUGAUCCCCCGGAGCACAACUACCUCUAUCUGCUUCCGGCUGGCGUGUUCGUGGGCGGAUACGCUGCAGCGCUGCAGUCGGGAUACAACAUUGAGCAGAUGAUGUACUUGGGUUCCGGAAUGUGCUGCGUCGGCGCCCUGGCUGGCCUGUCUAACCAGUCCACAGCCCGCCUGGGUAACGCCCUGGGUAUUAUGGGAGUCGCCGGCGGCAUCGCCGCCACUCUGGGAGCGCUCAAGCCAAGUCCCGAGCUCCUGGCGCAGAUGAGCGCCGCAAUGGCCGUCGGCGGAACCGCCGGUCUGACGAUCGCUAAGAGGAUCCAGAUCACCGACCUGCCGCAGCUGGUGGCCGCCUUCCACAGCCUGGUGGGUUUGGCGGCCGUGCUGACCUGCGUGGCCGAAUACAUGGUGGAGUAUCCUCACUUUGCCACCGACCCCGCAGCCAACCUGACCAAGAUCGUGGCCUACCUGGGCACCUUCAUCGGCGGAGUCACUUUCAGCGGCUCUUUGGUGGCUUACGGCAAACUGCAAGGUAUGCUGAACAGCGCCCCCUUGAUUCUUCCCGCCCGCCACGCCCUGAACGCCUCUCUGAUGGCCGGCAGCAUCGGUGGGAUGAUCCCUUACAUGCUGGACCCCAGCUACAUCACGGGCAUCACCUGCCUGGGCUCAGUCUCCGCUCUGUCUGCCAUCAUGGGAGUAACCUUAACCGCGGCCAUCGGCGGUGCCGACAUGCCGGUGGUGAUCACCGUGCUGAACAGCUACUCGGGGUGGGCCUUGUGCGCCGAGGGCUUCCUGCUCAACAACAAUCUCCUGACCAUCGUCGGCGCCCUCAUCGGAUCGUCUGGCGCCAUUUUGUCCUACAUCAUGUGUGUGGCCAUGAACCGCUCGCUGGCGAACGUCAUCCUGGGGGGCUACGGCACGUCUUCCACCGGUACCGGGAAGCCCAUGGAGAUCACAGGGACGCACACUGAGGUCAACGUGGAUCAGACCAUCGACAUGAUUAAAGAGGCCCAGAGCAUUAUCAUCACUCCAGGUUACGGUCUUUGUGCUGCGAAGGCACAGUAUCCCAUUGCCGAGUUGGUGAAGAAUCUCAAAGAUGCUGGCAAGGACGUGCGGUUCGGUAUCCACCCCGUCGCCGGCCGUAUGCCCGGUCAGCUCAACGUGCUAUUGGCCGAAGCCGGCGUCCCUUAUGACAUUGUCCUGGAGAUGGAUGAAAUCAAUGAAGACUUCCCUGAGACCGACCUGGUCCUGGUGAUCGGCGCCAACGACACGGUGAACUCCGCCGCCCAGGAAGACCCCAACUCCAUCAUUGCCGGCAUGCCCGUGCUGGAGGUCUGGAAGGCUAAACAGGUGGUGGUGAUGAAACGCUCGCUGGGCGUGGGAUACGCCGCCGUGGACAACCCCAUCUUCUACAAGCCCAACACGGCCAUGUUGCUGGGCGACGCCAAGAAGACGUGCGACGCCCUGCAAGCAAAGGUCCGCGAGGCUCAGUGA